CUAUUGGGCAAUUAGGAAUCCAUGUCUUCCAGUUCACACAUGAUAAAUAAAUUGCCGCCCUUCCCCUCGCCUCACGCGUUCCCCAAACCCUCCCACACUUCCAUAAACGGAAGAUCACUACUUCCCCUUAAAAACAACACCUUUUUAACCUCCUCUCAUUCAUUCAUUCUCUUCAUUUCUCAACUCCUAACUUCAUUACUUACCAGCAAACACAAAUAGCAAUAACCCCCCCAAAACCACUUUUUGAGAAGAAAAAAAAAAAAAAGAAGCUACUGUACACACUCCUUUCCUUCUCUGCCAUUAAUGCCUUUUUUUCCCCCCCCCCUCUCUGGGCCCCACCUUCCUCUCUUCCUCAUCCUCACUCUCAUUUGUGUGUCACAGCCCCCACCUCCUUUAAGCCUGAGUCGAGCAUGAAUGAAUGAAUGUUUUUUGUUCCUUCCUACCCAACGCGAUGAGCAAGAGCGCAACAACACCAAAGGACUCAGGCGACAGCACCGUGACCCACUUGGAUUUUCUCAAGAAAUUCAAACGCUUUAACCCUCUCGAGUCUUCCUUGGGAGUACUAGCCUUCUUCUUCGUCGCUUCUCUCUUCAUUGCCUGCUUCUUCUACUUGGAUUACAAGGGCUUCCGCUCUAGAGGCACCACUAUCAUUGACUUGGAUUUUUCAUCAUCAUCAUCUUCUUCUUCUUCUGUUUCUGUUUCUGUUUCUUCUGCCCCAGUUCAGUUUCUGAGCCAAGACGGUGAUAAAUGUGAUAUCUUUGAUGGGAAUUGGGUUUGGGAUGAGACCUAUCCCCUUUACCAUUCCGUAAACUGUUCUUUCUUGGAUCAAGGUUUUCGCUGCUCCGAGAAUGGCAGGCCUGAUACUUUCUACACCAAGUGGCGAUGGCAACCCAAAGAUUGCAACUUGCCCAGAUUUGAUGCAAGGAAUAUGUUGGAAAAGCUACGGGACAAGCGACUAGUGUUUGUUGGUGAUUCGAUUGGAAGGAAUCAAUGGGAAUCACUCCUUUGUAUGCUCUCUUCGGCAAUUGCAAAUAAGGCUAGGGUCUACGAGGUUAAUGGGAACCCAAUUACAAAGCAUACAGGCUUCUUGGCAUUUAAGUUUGAAGAUUUCAACUGUACCAUUGAAUACUACAGAUCACCAUAUCUUGUAGUGCAGGGACGGCCUCCUUCUGGUGCACCUGAUGGGGUAAGAAUGACUUUGAGAGUGGAUCAUAUGGACUGGAUUUCUCAUAAGUGGAGAGAUGCUGAUGUGCUGAUUCUCAAUGCUGGACAUUGGUGGAAUUAUGAGAAGACUGUCAAAACGGGUUGUUACUUCCAAAUAGGGGAGGAAGUGAAGAUGAAUAUGACUACAGAAGACGCAUUCAGAAAAUCAAUAGAGACAGUAGUUGAUUGGAUUACCAAUGAAGUAAACAUAAACAAAACUUACGUCGUUUUCCGAACUUAUGCUCCUGUCCAUUUCAGGGGUGGUGACUGGAAUACUGGUGGUGGUUGUCACUUGGAAACAUUACCCGAUUUAGGCUCCUUGCCAGCAGUAUCUGACAUCCAUUUCAGAACUGUCGUUGAUGUAUUGUCAGAACGCACGAAUAAAUCAAAAGUUUUGAAUCUGGACUUGCUUAAUGUCACCCAAAUGUCAAUACGCAGGAGAGACGGCCAUGCAUCUAUUUACUAUAUCGGACCAGACAGCACAGCCUCUAUGCAGCGGCAAGACUGUAGCCAUUGGUGCCUACCUGGUGUGCCUGAUUCAUGGAACGAGAUUCUUUAUGCACUUCUUCUCAAGCGGGAGGAUAUUUUUGAACGGAGACAGAAUACAACAAAAAUUUCUCAAGUUCCACCAUAAUUGGUCUAUACAGUUUGCAGAGAAUGUUCUAAGUUAUACAAGUCCUUUCCCAACCCUUGCUGAAUGAGGUGAAGUUGCAAGUUGAAUUUGACAUCUUUCUGGUCAGUCUCUAGUUGAUGAUCCAUCUAACUAUUUGUUAGUUUGCUUAAUGUUUACAGAAUUUUAUUCUUAGCAAUCAAAGAAGUUAAGCUGUUUUAAUUUCCUACAAAAUGAUUGCUUGACCAUUUUUGUAGUGGUCUGCCAUUGUAGGUGAACAUAUCUAGAUGGGAACUUAAUUUUUGAAGGUGAGUUUCAGUGAUAUCUUGUACAAAAAAGAAAAAAAUAACCACCGAAAUUCGAACUUGAUUGAUCAGAAGGCAUACAUCAUCUUUUGUUGUAAAUUUCAUAUGAUGGUCGGAGUCCAUGAUGCAGCUGUUUGUUGUAAAUUGUAUGUAAAAAGAGAUUGUUUUUUUGUUUUUGGUUAAUUGUAUUUUUAUUUAUAUAGACAAAUACCCUGGAGUAAUUGAUAUGGAUGAUACUUGUUGGAGAUACAGAAGAUUAUCGUGGCUCAGUCAUCGAUUCAUACAUGCAAUCUGGAUCAAGUUUCGAGAUUUAUUUGUAUUUUCAAGUUCCUUAGAAUAAUACUAAUGAAUCAUAUACGUUAUAUUGUUGCUUUUCUUGAAA